GUAGCGCCAGUUCGUAGCCGGCGUCUACGCGAGGCGGUCGUAGAGGGUCUACGAAGCUGAGAGAGUAAAAGUUCGUAACUCGAAAUUGUUUAAAUUUAGUGUAAUAUUGUACUGAGACUGGUGAUGUAACUCUUUUAAGAAUGUUAUUUAGGUUAAUUAAAAUUUAAAAGUGUCGUAAUGGUGUAAGAUCAAGUUUGGAGUUAGAAACUUUUGAAUUUUGAAGACUUAAGGGAGAAGUUUUGAGAUUUAUGUACACUCGAAAAAAUGAACAAGCCUCGCAAAUGGGACUUCUUAGAAAAGAUCUCGAGCAGAGGACUUUUGUUUUUAUUACAGGAAAAUGGCGUACGAAAGAAUAAACCGUCGGGAACUCGCGGUUGUAUCGCAAACGAAAAAAUAUCUGCGUUACUUGCUAAUUAAGUAUGAUGACAUGAAAACUGUUUCUCAGUUCCAUGUGCUCGUAAAUAAAACUGCAUAAAUUGAAAUCGGCGAUGUAGCAAGAGGCGCGAUGGGGCAGUUGGCAACAAACGGACACAGCAACUUCACUUCCAUCAGCAAUGAGUCGCUGCCGUACGGCAUGGAGACCGACCUCUGCGCCGUCGCGGACGAACCUAAGUACCAAAGCAGCCUCGGCAUCACCCUCGCAGUCCCCGAAUGGGAAGCCAUCUGCACGGCCAUAGUCUUGACCCUCAUAAUAAUCUCUACAAUAGUGGGAAACAUUUUGGUAAUCCUCAGCGUAUUCACCUACAAACCCCUUCGGAUCGUUCAAAAUUUCUUCAUCGUUUCCUUAGCGGUGGCGGACUUGACAGUCGCGAUACUGGUCCUACCUCUAAAUGUAGCAUAUUCUAUAUUAGGACAAUGGGUCUUCGGUAUAUACGUGUGCAAAAUGUGGUUGACCUGCGAUAUAAUGUGCUGCACUUCGUCCAUUUUAAAUUUGUGCGCGAUUGCCUUAGAUCGGUACUGGGCUAUCACAGAUCCUAUAAAUUACGCACAAAAGAGAACUCUCGAAAGGGUACUUUUCAUGAUUGGCAUAGUGUGGACAUUGUCACUGAUUAUUAGCUCGCCACCGCUGUUGGGUUGGAAUGACUGGCCCGAAGUAUUCGAACCCGACACUCCCUGCCGCUUGACCUCUCAACCGGGUUUCGUCAUAUUCUCCUCGUCUGGCUCCUUUUAUAUACCGUUAGUUAUUAUGACUGUAGUAUAUUUCGAAAUAUACUUGGCGACGAAAAAAAGACUGAGAGAUCGAGCUAAAGCUACUAAGAUCAGUACAAUAUCUAGUGGCCGUAACAAAUGCGCACCUCGAGAGAGUGAUCACAAUGACCAAGACUCGGUCAGCUCGGAAGCGAACCACAAUGAGCACCCGGGUGUCACGCGCCUCAUGUCAGAUAGCGAAAAGAAAAAACCUUCCUCCAAAAAAUCUAAUUCGAAAAAGAAACCAAAACGGCGAUACUGGAGCAAAGACGAAAAAAAUCAAAAUAAGCUGAUGAUUCCUAUCCUGUCAAAUGAAAACUCGGUAACUGAUAUAGCUGAUAACGAGAAUAAAAACACGUCCUCAGAAAGUAAUUCAAAAGAAACACAUGAAGAUCAUGUGGAAGUAGCAGAGCCCGUUACUAAAAAACCGCCACAGAAGCCUCGGCUGACCCAACAGAACACCGUGUAUCAGUUCAUAGAAGAAAAACAGCGUAUCUCUUUAACUAGGGAACGCCGCGCGGCGCGCACUCUAGGUAUCAUAAUGGGAGUUUUCGUCGUAUGCUGGCUCCCUUUCUUCCUUAUCUACGUGGUUAUACCAUUUUGUGCUAGCUGUUGUUUGUCCAACAAAUUCAUCAACUUUAUUACCUGGCUCGGUUACAUUAACUCGGCGUUAAAUCCUUUAAUAUACACCAUAUUUAAUAUGGACUUUAGAAGGGCCUUUAAAAAACUACUGUUUAUAAAGGCGUAGCUAUUAUAUUUGGUGCCAAAGACUGUAAAGAAUUUCGUUUAGGGUGUAUAACGCGCUUAAUGAUUUUGGAAGCCGCUGGUUUGCUCAAAUUAAUUAGUUUCAUCAAUCAUUGAUAUUGAUAUUACAUAAGUGUAUAAAUAUGAUUGGACUUCAUAAAAAUACUCAUUAUUGUAAAUAUAGGUAGGUACAAUAAAUGUUGAAUAGAAUUUAAAAUUUCUUGUACAGCAUUGGUAAGAAUUACAUAUAAAUA